AAUUGAUAUACCCCUCGCGAAGCGUUGGUGUAUACUUUUGAGAGUCUUGCGUUCUCGCGGGUAGUCAUUGUGAUCGGGUGUACGCGAAAUACCUGGAGACGCGUUGCGGAUGACGUCGUCGCAGAGAAACCGGAGAGCGUGCAACGUGGACGUAUUGUACAUUUUGUGUACAUGACAUAAUAUGAGAUACGGGAAGACGAUCAUCUCUCGUGACAAAAACAAACUAAACUAAAAGAAAAAAAAGAAAAGAAAUAAAAUAAAAUUACUCGGGACGCGUCUACGCGCUAUGGGAUUCAGAAACCGCAUAACCCGUCCUCAGGUUUUACCGUGUGACACGGUUGCGUGAUGUAUAUUGUACGUACUUGUAUACACCUACCCGCCGCGCGACGUUACGCUACAUUGGACUCGAACGAGAUAUGUGGCUCUUGUGGAUACAAAGAGCAGAAAUUCAAACAGUUAUCUUGGCAAUCAAGCGAUAUUGGGGAUGGAAUGACAGGCUACAGUCCGUCCUACAAUCUAGCACCGAGAGAUGUGACUCCUUGCAUCGUUUCGGGCAGUCAUUUUAAAUCUAAAGAAAAGCAAGUCUUACAUCCCAUGAUAUGGGGAAUGAUACCGCGAUGGCACAAGGGUGAUUAUAGAAAACACAGCAUGACCACUCACAAUGCGCGAUCUGAGGGUUUAUUGGAAUCAAAAUUAUAUUCCCAGCCAUUAACCCAAGGUCAAAGAUGUGUAAUAUUAUGCGAAGGUUACUACGAAUGGAAGACCAAGAAUAAAAAUAAGUCAGACCCAAAACAACCCUAUUUUAUUUACUCUAAGCAAAAUGAUGGUGUUGAAAUUCAAGAUAGAGACACUUGGAAAAACGAGUGGUCCAUGGAGAAUGGCUGGAAUGGAAUAAAGCUUUUGAAACUAGCUGGAAUAUUUGAUUCCUGGUUAACUGUUGAGAAAAAAAAAAUAUACAGCUGUUCAAUGAUAACUACCGAUGCCAACAACGUUUUAUCAUGGUUGCAUGAUCGAACUCCAGUGUUUUUGGAAACCGAAAAAGAAAUUUCCGACUGGCUCGAUGACAAAAGUAUUCCAGCGACAAAGGCUAUCAAAAAUUUACACGGACCAACCGAAGACACUCUUAAAUGGCACCCCGUAGAUCCAGCAGUCAAUAAUUCGCGAUUCAAAAGUGAUACUUGCUAUCACCCUAUCAAGUUGGAAGAGAAGAAGAAGCUUGCUCCUUCUGGUUUGAUGGCAUCCUGGUUGAAAACGGGACGCAUGUCGACCGAUAAAAAAAAAUCAUCCGAUGAUGAUUGCUCGGAGCCCGAUGUUAAACGUUCAAAGCUGAUGUAAACUAAUGCUCUUUUAUCCAACAUAUAAAGUAGGUUUUGUAACAGACGUAAUCUCGGGCUGUAACACUUGUACAAGCCAUCGAAAGCCAAAGUCACUAGUUUCCUAAUGAUAUUAGUCGUGUAAAUUGCGACAAAUUAUUUCUGAUUAUAAGCAGAGCUUUCUUUUCUCUUCCUUCUUUUUUUGUAUUUUUUAUAUAUAUCAUAAAUGUAAAGUUCGUCCACCUAGACUUACUUUUUGUGACAGUAAAAUCAUAGUUUUAAGAUAACUUUCUUGAAUAUUAAUCUAACGUUGAUCCAGAGUACAAAUGUUGAUAAUGUAAUACGAUACGCUAAGAUUAAAAUUUGCAACAGCGGAUUCUCGCGUGAAUAAUUCUGUGCCAAGUCAUUGAUAAUGACCGUAUUCGAUUGAGCAAAGAAUCCGAGAAGACUCAUUCAAUUUUACGUAUGACGUGUAUUUUUUUACGUUCAAUGAAUAAAGAUUAUUCUGCUUUUUCA